AUGUCGCCUACCGAGCCCAGCCGCAAAACAGCGGACGUCCUCGAUAUGGCCAAACUACAGAAGUCGCUCAAGCAACAACAACGUCAUUCGCGGCCUUCAGUUAAGAAACUUACACCGGCCGAAAUUCGUUCUCUAAACUAUGAAGCUACUGUAGCCAAGCAACCUUCUUCGUACUCGAGCAAGCAGAAAGUUCGCCAUGGCGCAAACGGCGCAAACGUCACCGCGCCAAAAGCGCCCAGUUAUCCAGAAUACCACCGACCUCUCCCAAGAUCCUCGACUGUGCCUCUGCCAACUCCGCAUGGUGGUCCCUUGCAAAAGGACAGCAGGGACCAUCGGCAUGACCGUCGUGACAGUCAACACCACGGUCGUACGGGCAGAUCUGCGACAACGUCCAUGUCGCAUGUUCAGAGGCCAUCGUCACGGACGUCCAGUGUCUCGUCUUACCGGAGCGCCCAGAGUCCGUCGAUGUAUCGAGGCCAUGAGAUAACGCAGACUGGCGGCCAUUCAAUGCUGCAUCAUCCCAAGCAGGAGAUAGUUACGAACCCGCUGUCUAUGUUCUCGCGACCACGUCAGAGUCAAGUGCAUGCGAAUACCUCGCCCGAUAAGUUCAAGCGAGAUUUCCUGGAGAUGGAUGUCUAUCAAGCUCAAGCAAUGUUGAACGAUGAGUCGGAUGAUGACGAUGCGAUAGAUCAGAAGGACGCCAGUCCGCGAGACUCGCAGUCACCAGUAUCUGUGGAGGACGAGAAGGCCCCAGCAGCGAGUCCUUCGGAUCCUCCACAUGCUCAACAAGACUCUGCCGCGAGCGAACAGCUGGGCCGGCCUGUCUUACCGCGGAAUGAGUCCUCAGAGCUGACCAUCAGGCCGGCCGUCGCUCAGAAGAUCAGACUUGGCGGAGUAGCUGCCGAAUCUGAGCGCGACCAAUCGGCGGAAGUCGAGCAAAGAAAUGCAGGCUCUCUGGCCAAAGUUGAGUCUGCAGCGUCAGCGGGAUCAGCUGGUGCAUCCAACUACGUGACUCAGGCUCGCGCAUCGGCUGCACGAGAGAGCGAAAAGAUCGAAGAAGACCUCAAAGCGCUUCCAUCAGACACAUCCGCGAUUCCGGCGAGCCGCAACCUGAACAAGCAGCCCGAAAGUAAUGAAUCGAGGAAAAGGUUUAGCUUCCAUCACGUCUUCGACAGGCGUGGACAGGAGAAGACAGCGACUUUGGCGGGAGACGCUUCGCCGCAGAAGCAACGGAGACGCACCUUGUCGUUCACGAAGACCCCAGACGCUUCUCCAGUCCCACAUGCUGAGCCUCUAAAACGCAACGACGAGACAGCAGAACCGGACGACAGCGUGAUCCCGGCCCAUCCAGCUGUGCGGCCCAUCAGUCCCGAGCCGGAAACGACGUCUUCGAAUGACAAUGUCCCAGUACCCGGCCUGACGUCUCUGAUCCUGCCAUCUAGCCAUACAUAUGGACGGUGUGCAUGCUGUGGAAAGAUAAAGAAACCAGGCUAUAGCUCUGAUCUGUCGCCAGUGCUGGAGAAUGAGAACAUCCGCUCAAACUUUAGCUUCGAGGCGCAACGGACUUCGCAAGACGGACAACGGAAGUACACUCCUAUCAUACCGAUGGUUGUGCCAGACAAAGACGACGCCGGUAGCAUCCGAACGGUGCAGGCAUCCAUCGAGCCUCUCAAAAGCCCGGAAGCGAGCAUAGCCAGCGCAUCUGCUUCGCGCACAGGUCCGGACACCGUACACUCGAACCGCAGCUCGGUGAGCGUGGAUACUGCGCAAUCUAACGGAGAGGAUGUGCAUAGGGAGAUGGUUACAAGGCCAAUAAAACGCCACACCAUGGACGAGCCAAAGGUUGUGCGGUUCGCGAGCUUGCACGGACGACGGGGAAGUGAAUCAGAUGUUCCUACUGACCUUCCGGCGGAGGACGCCGAAGAAGAGAUUGUUCAGAGUGUACCAUUUGUACAGCCACUAAAGCAAGGUCCACGACCCAUCUUGGCGCCCUCUGAGCAAGAAUUGCAAAGGCAACGGCUUCUGCACAACAAGGCUGCUAUGGUCAUGAGCGGCGCUGUACCACGAGCGCCACAUCCUUUGAGGCAGAGCGCUGCGCUCGAUCAGCCAGAGGACGAUAGCCACAGCGAGCAGAGUGUGAGCGUACAAGAAGCUCAAGAGCAAGAACUCAAGCGUGUGCCAAAGCAGGAUAUCAUAACCGUUGUACCCAUCAAGCGUCAGUCGCAAGCCAUCGAAACGUCGCCAGCAACCGAGACGGCACCGGAAGGAGCAAAAGCAGUCGAUGCAAGCGCGACAGAAGUCGCGCUCGCGUCGGAAAGCACGACACAGAAUAGCGCUCCUAAGGAUGCCACAUCGAUUGCUGUGCCUACUCCUGCCAACUCAAAAUCACCGCCAAGAAAGCUGCAGAAGCAGCAGUCCACGGAGUAUCCUCCUUCCUCCUUUCCCACUGGCCAGAAAGCAUCACGUCGAUUCUCUCUUCCACAAGCCUUCCGAUCUAAGCGUUCGUCCACUUCAGCAAAAGACACGAUCGGCGUUCCGUAUACGUCCUCGAAACCCGGUGAAGCACCAGACUCCGAUCCUGCUCACAAGCCAGCUUUGCCAUCUCAAUCUUCGACCGCUAGGACAUCCUUCGCAUCAACUGUAUCAGAGCAAAGUGGAGGGCGAAGCAAAGAUCAAAGUAAGGACGAGAAACGAAAUCGGAGCUCGAGUCGCGAGACGCCUCUCAGUCGCAUUGUUGGUGGACGACGGAGUCGAAGUGCGAGUGCAGAUCGCAGCAGCAUGGUCAGUUUGCCAAACGGCGGAGAUGACACGAUCCGUGGCGUUGCAACGGGAGAUGCGAGUGCCGCAGGCUACUCGAGCGCGCUGCCCAACGGACAUACUACCGGCAACUCGACUAAUGGUGUGACUGGAGAUGGCUCGGGUGCUGGCGGACCGAAGACAGUACGGCCCUCUCCGAGCUUCGCAAAGUUCAUACAGCAACUUCCCGCCAGCCACGCCACUGCGAAGGAAGUUCCCGAGGUGAAGAGGCUGUUCGGAAUGCGCAGGCGUAGUCUGCAGCAGGGCCUGCCACCAACGAUCGCAGAGAACGGUAGUGCGGCCACGUCGCCAAAGAUCGAGUUGAAUGGCAACACCGUAGUCAAAGCUUCUCCGGGACAAACGGCGCAGGUCAACGAAGGGGCUGGAAUGACACAGAGCAUGUCCCUACCAGUGCUCAAGAUUGGUGAGGACGACAAAGACGACUAUCUCGGGAAUGGGAGUAAUGCGCUUCAGGGCUUCAUGAAGGAAAGUGGUGGACAUUUAACGACGAGUCCGGUUGACAUGAAGACUACUGGUCCAGAUAGUCCCGCUGAUGAGAUGAAUGGGAGUGUAGCUAGCACAGGCAAAGGAUCUGGCACCACAACCACCACCACUUCAUCAUCUCCACGAAUCCACUGGCCACUAGACGCCCAAGACCCAACAAACCCCCUCCCACUCCACGGCAUCCGCAUUCUCGACCUCUCCCGCGUCCUCGCCGGCCCCUUUUGCACACAAAUCCUCGCCGACUAUGGCGCCUCAGUCCUCAAGAUCGAGCAGCCCGGGCUGGGCGACGAAACCCGCCAAUGGCGAACGCACGGCGAGACGGGCCAGUUCUGGAACGACGACAACAGCACGGAUGCUGGCGCACCUUUGAUGAGUUUGUACUACGCCUCUAUCAACCGGAAUAAGAGGUCAAUGACGCUGAAUCUGAAGCAUCCCACUGCGUUGGCUAUAGUGAAGGAUUUGGCGAAGCAGGCGGACGUGUUGGUGCAUAACUUCCUCCCUUCAGCUACGGCCAAGCUGGGCUUGACGUGGGAGGAGAUGCACGCUCUGAAUCCCAAGCUGGUCUACGCGAGUGUCAGCGGGUAUGGCGCUACAGGACCGAAGGCAAGUCGGGCGGGGUAUGAUGCGAUUGCGCUGGCGGAGGCUGGGCUGUUGCAUAUUACGGGAAAUAAAGACUCUGGGCCGACGAAGCCAGGCGUGGCGAUUGGGGAUUUGUGCACGGGGUUGUAUGUGCACGGGGCUAUACUCGCUGGGUUGCGGCAGCGGGAUGUGGAAGGAAUGGGGUGCAAGAUUGAUGGGAGCUUGUUUGAGACUGGGCUGACCCUGCUCAUCAAUGUCGGGCUCGCGAGUUUGAACCUAGAUCUGGACAAAGGUCCAGAGGGGAGGAGGAAGGGUGGGAGGUUCGGGCUGGGGCAUGCAGCGUUGGUGCCGUACGGCGGUUUCACGACGAAAGAUGGGCGGAUGAUCUUUGUGGCGGCGAAUAAUAAUCGGCAAUGGAGGAAGCUUUGUGAGGUGUUGGGGAUCUGGGAACAGGUGGGAGGAGUGGAGAGGUUUGGGAGUAACGAUGGGAGGGUAGAGAAUCGGGAGGAGGUUGAUGGGCUUGUUGGGAGGAGGCUGAAAGAGAAGACCUCGAAGGAGUGGCUGGAGGUGUUUGAGGGGACGGGGCUGCCCUAUGGGGCGAUAAACAAUGUCGUUGAGGCACUAGAGGAUGAACAGAGUCAUGCGAGAGAUAUGGUGAUGGAGAUCAAGGACUUUGAAUCGGCAAAGGAUGGGGUACUGCGGACGAUUGGCCCAGCAGUCAAGUUCGAUAGUGCAAAGAUGGGGUUGAGGAGAAAGCCGCCGACUUUGGGUGAGCAUACGAAUGAGGUUCUUUCGGACCUGGGGUAUGAUUCGGCGGCUAUUGAGCAGUUGAGGCGGGACAAGGUCGUAUGA